CCGGCGUGCCCUGCGCCGCGCCGGAGGGACGGUCCAACAUGGCGGCGGCAGGGGAGCCGGGGAAGGCGGCCGGGCUGGAAGCUGAGGAGGUGCCGGUGGUGGAAGAGGCGCGGAGCUUCAAGGACCUGGGAGUGACCGAUGUCCUGUGUGAAGCUUGUGACCAGCUGGGAUGGAAGGUACCAACGAAGAUUCAAGUGGAAGCUAUUCCUGUGGCUCUGCAAGGCAGAGAUAUCAUUGGACUAGCAGAAACUGGCUCCGGGAAAACAGGAGCAUUUGCUUUGCCAAUUCUUCAAGCACUGCUGGAUGCACCUCAGCGAUUAUUUGCUCUUGUCCUUACGCCAACAAGAGAGCUGGCCUUCCAAAUUUCAGAGCAGUUUGAAGCUCUUGGGUCCUCAAUUGGUGUCCACAGUGCGGUUAUUGUCGGUGGAAUUGACUCAAUGUCUCAGUCUCUGGCCUUAGCCAAGAAACCACAUAUUAUAAUUGCAACUCCUGGCCGUCUAGUGGAUCACCUCGAGAACACCAAGGGCUUCAACUUACGAGCUCUGAAGUUCCUAGUGAUGGAUGAAGCUGACCGGAUCCUUAACAUGGAUUUUGAGACAGAGGUAGAUAAGAUACUGAAAGUGAUUCCUCGAGACAGGAAGACGUUCCUGUUUUCUGCCACCAUGACCAAGCAGGUUCAAAAACUCCAUCGUGCUGCUCUGAAGAAUCCUGUUAAAUGUGCUGUUUCUUCCAAAUAUCAGACGGUUGAAAAGCUACAGCAGUACUACAUUUUCAUCCCAUCCAAAUUCAAGGAUAGCUACCUGGUUUAUAUUUUGAAUGAACUAGCUGGAAAUUCUUUCAUGGUAUUCUGUAGUACAUGUAACAAUACUCAGAGGACUGCUCUACUGCUCCGUAACCUUGGGUUCACUGCUAUUCCUCUCCAUGGGCAGAUGAGUCAGAACAAACGCUUGGGCUCUUUAAACAAGUUCAAGGCAAAGGCACGGUCUAUUCUGCUGGCUACUGAUGUUGCAAGCAGAGGUCUGGAUAUCCCACAUGUGGAUGUGGUGAUAAACUUUGAUAUUCCUACGCACUCUAAGGAUUACAUUCAUCGUGUUGGAAGAACAGCUCGAGCUGGAAGAUCUGGCAAAUCAAUCACAUUUGUCACACAGUAUGACGUAGAGCUGUUUCAGCGCAUUGAGCACCUGAUUGGCAAGAAGCUGCCAGCAUUCCCCAUGCAAGAGGAGGAAGUUAUGAUGCUAACAGAGCGUGUGGCUGAGGCCCAGAGAUUUGCUCGAAUGGAGCUGAGGGAACAGGGAGAGAAGAAGCGAUCUCGGAAUGGUGAUGAUGAUGAUACAGAAGAAGCUCUUGGUGUAAGGAAGAAGGUGGCAGGUGGGAAAAAGAAGAAACGAAAAGCCUUCUAGCUCAGUGUUUGGAUGAACUUUUACUUUCCUGUUUAUGGCUACACGAGCUUGGCAAAAAUAGUCUUCACAGCCAUCUGCAGUGGAUUUUUUUCAGAACUGCUUAAUGUUGCAUUGGGCAGUCAGUCUGGAAAAGGAUUAAAAGGUCUUCCUCUCUUCUGCUUCACUGUUUACAGACUGAGCUUGGUCAUUGUGGUAUAAUGGUGUCAGUCUUUCAGUGAAGCCAAGUUGUCCCUCAGGGAAUGGAAGCCUGUAUGGUAUGGCCCAGCUUAUCCCCAAAGAGGUGGGUGCAGCUUUCCCAUUGCUGCUGCCUCUGUCUCAGUAUCCAGAAUCACUGAGUACCUCUGGGAUCAAAUUGGAUUGCCAGAAGGAAGAGAUGAGAAAGUUUAAAGAAGUAACCAAGUUUCCACUGUACAUCCAUGAUGAGUUUGCCUUACUGAAAGGAUGUGUGAUUCAGAGAACUCCAAAUAUAGCUUAAUUUUAAAGCAAAUUGGUUUUAUUUGUAUUGCAACUGACCUGUUUUGCUUAUUUCUAAUAUCAGCUCUACCAGAAGGUUUUCCUCUUACAUCAUUCUUACUACUGAUUCAGAUGUCACAUAAAUACCUGGAGUGGGUCAGGUGAAGAGUGAUCCAACAGAGAGAGCCUGUUCUGGCUGGUUGGACUGUUCGCAGCCUGGAAUUCAGUUGAGAGUAUGUAACCAUUGGUAAGACCAAGGGGAGGUCUGUAUUUGGUGGCUGAGGUUUUUUUUUUUGGUUGGUUUUCUUUUGUGGUUUUGCAAUUAAUUCUUGUAAUACUUACAAACUAACACAAGAGGGUAGUAUUUACAUAGAAAAACAGCCCAUGAGCUGGGUGACAGACAAACAGGUUUUGAAGGGGUUCUUUUGCAUCGCCCUGUUUAUUCCUCUGGUAGUUUUUCUGUCUUGUACCGAGUUCAGAGUCUUAUCGACUUGCAAAAAUGGAAGAAUUGUACUUCACUACAGGCUAGAAGGUUAAUGCUAGUUCCCGUUGGUAAUAAAUUUUUUUGCACUUGCCACUUUUCUUGGGCAGGAGAUAGGUGAGAAGCUGCUUCAUGAUCAUUCAACACAGAAAUUUAGUGCCCAUCAGAAGAAGAAAAAAACUUGGACUUUCUGCUCAUGAAAGAUGGUGUUCAAAAUUUUAUUGUUUAAGAUGUAAAUGGAAAUCAAGAAUUACUGCAAUACUGAAAAAUGGUAAAAUUGGUAUUUCAUAGUGUUAGCAUGUAUCUUACUAUACAUUUGUUCUGGUCAGAAUGUUCUUAUACUUUUGAGGCAAGACGUUCUAGAAAAGGUGGGUUUUGACUAAGCUAUUUUGAAAUAGAGGCAACAUGUAUUAUGUUGUCUUUUCUCUUAAUGAGGAAGAGAUGUACUCACUGUUGUGAGAAGUGUCUAUGUCCUCUGUCCUUCUUUUCUAGUAGUUUACUCAAAUUUUCCAAAUAUUCACUUUCAAGUAUGAUAAUUCUAAAGCAGUGUAGGCUCAAUGGCAGAUACAUAACGCUACAGAAUUCAGGUCUAUUGACAGCUGAAAAUAUUCUUACAGUUGAGGAAGUGUGCGCAAAUCUUUUAUUGAUCUUGCUGCAGAGAGGCAAAAUGACAAAGUAUAUUAAUUCUGCACGUGCCUUUAGUAGUCAUUCCCUUAGGUAAGAGGAAAUAGCUGUAAGAUAAGAAAGUAAAGAAAGACAGGGAGCUGUUAGAAAGGGUCCAGAGGAGGGCCACAGAGUGAUCGGGGGACUGGAGCACCUCCCCUACGAAGACAGGCUGAGGGAGCUGGGCUUGUUCAGCCUGGAGAAAAGAAGGCUGUGGGGUGACAUCACUGCAGUACUGCAGUACCUAAUGGGAGCCUACAAACAGGAGGGGAAUCAACUCUUUGAAAAGGUUGAUAACUUCAGGACAGAGGGAAAUGGUUUUAAGUUGAGGGAGGGAAGAUUUAGGUUGCAUGUCAGGGGGAAGUUCUUUACCGUGAGAGUGGUGAGGUGCUGGAACAGGCUGCCCAGAGAAGCCGUGGAUGCCCCAUCCCUGGAGGUGUUCAAGGCUAGGUUAGAUGGGGCCCUGCGCAGUCUGGUCUAGUAUGAAAUGUGGAGGCUGGUGGCCCUGCAUGUGGCAGGAGGAUUGGAGAUUCAUCAUCCUUGAAGUCCCUUCCAACCCUGGCCAAUCUGUGAUAUACCAGAGAUGAGAAAAUAGAGGAAUUUGAGUGAGCAUGAGAUGCAAAUGCUGUGGAGCAAGGGAGCUCUCAACUGCUCUUCUGGUUUGCAGAUAGUUGAAUGCAGUGAUUCACAAACUGAACAGGGUUGGACCUGCUAUCAACAAACAAUGAUUAUACCUCUCUGAGUCCCUAGUCUCUUGAUGAUAAGCCUGUCAAUACUAUCCUAGCAAUGUAACUUAGGUGGCAUACAGAGUCAACCUUAUAUAAUAAUGUGAAGGGCAAUUUUAUUGCUGGAGGAGGUGGGACAGGGUCAUUCUUUCUGGAAAUUGCUGAUGCUUAAUUGACAGAGCCUCUACUCAUUUGUUGGGUGGAAGAUUGCAUCAGCAGGGAGGAUCUGUCAUGACCCUUCUUGGGAUCAAAGGUCCUCUACUGGCAAGAGUAGUGCAGGAGAGUAGUAGUUUACUCCUUAUAAAAAGGAUGUAGAGUCACUCCUUGAGUCAACCCUGGACAGUUGGCCACCUCCCUUUGGGUGGUACGACAAACUGUAGAAGUCCUUGGUGCAAGAAAAGCAAAAGUCUGCCCCCACCCACAUUCUCACUGGUGCCUCACCUACCUGCUACAGGUAUGCACAUUCAAUUUCAACCAAAAAUAUCUCAACAGGUUGAAGUGAUAGGAAAUAGUUUCAUACCGUGAAGGUGUUAUGAGGGUUGGGCUGGGGGGUGUUUAUAUAACUGAAGUAGGAUAGGGAGUGUCUAAAAAUAAAAUUUAGUCAAAACAUCUCACAUCCAGACUAAAGGAAAAUCUGUAGAUGGUUUAAUGAGACAUGAAGGGAGAAAAAGGCAGAAGACCUGUCCCUCUGGAUAAUAGAAAACACCAGUACUGAUAUGUGUUUGGCUUCGUGCUUCUGUAUAAGAACUACUGCCAGUGUGUUUGUUCAGUCAGGUGGACACUUAGGGGGUAAUUCUGAAGCACACUUCUGUGAGAGCCUCUCAAGCCUCUGCACAUCAGAGAGCUGAGGUGAAGGAUUAAUCUUGGUGCCAUAAAGCAGGAUCAGGCUAGAACAACCUGCCAGUUUUUAUAGUUGAAACUCAAACAGUUCAAUAAAAAACCGUAUUCUCAAGAUACCUUCAGAAGAGAUGUUUGCAGUUUGAAACAGUUCUGUACUUCCCAAAGUCGAUGACAUGAUUGUUUAUGUGCUUGUAAUGAUAUAAAAAAUGCUUUAUAGUUUUGAUUUUCUAAUGCUGCACAGAUGUCUACGUCAAGCAGUAAAGAACAGGGAUAUUGUGUCUUUCAAUUUAAUGUUACAGAGACAGCAGAGGUGGGAAGAGCCUUUGGGGAGGAAGAGUGAAAUUGAACACUGGUGUCAGGGAUGAAAGUAGUGUUGUGUGCAGACCUAUCUGUAGGAAACCAAAACUGGGGUUUCCUUUUUUUUCUUUUUUUUUUUUUUUUUUUUGUUAUUCCGCAUAAAUAUUGAGAGGAUAGCUGCCAAAAGGUAGCAUCCUUUGCAAUCCCACCAUGGUCCGGACCAUGAAGUGCGUUCUAUGAUUGCAAACCCCCUGAAAUAGAGAUGACAAAGAGAGUGAGCUGUAUGUGAUAACAUUCUAGCAUGAACCAUUUAUCUGUGCUUUGAAGAGCCUUAGUUUUAGUUAGGAACUCUGAGUAAGAAGUGAUUGGGAAUCUGGAAGGACUGUUUAUGAAGUGAAGCUGAAAUUAGAAAACAUUCACAGUUGUGCCAAGCACAGGAAAAAGGAAAAUAUCCAACAUACUUAAGAGCCAUUGGAAGUACUUGAGGAGGAAUGAAAUUGAUUGCAUGACUUGUGGAAGACAGAGGCACGUACCAAGCAUUUUGAUCUUAUAUAAAUAUUAACUCUUGUAUAAAUAUGAAGUUGUGGUCUGCCUUAGGUAGCAUGUGAGGAGCUUCUGUGAACAUUUGAGCAAGUAAUUCUUGUAAAUGUUGCAGAGCAAACAAAUACUGUAGAAAUCCAGUUUUGGUGCCAGAAGUAGUUAUGUAGUCACUCUGGAUUCUUACUGACUCUUUUCUAAAUACUUAGCAAUUCAUUUUGUGGAAAAACUCUCAAUGUGUAAACUCAGAGAAUCAGAAUAUAAGUUUCUGACAUAGAAGCCCAAGCUUUGGUUUAACCCCUGAACUUUGAGGAGAAAGAAAAAAACAAAGUUGAAAGAAGUUUUCUUAGUCUAUAGAUUUUUUCUCCUAAUCAAACUAUGAAAGCUGCCAGGUAACUACUUAAAAGGAAAAACAGAAGUUGUUUUCCCUUUGGUAUCUGAAAAGAAUGGUUUUUCCCUCUCUGGUCCAGGGGCAGAUACAGCUAUGCCAGCGGUGCUGUAUCUUCUCCUGAGGACCAUCCUGUUGUCCCUUGGAGUUUGUUCAGUGCUUCUCAGGGAUUUAUCUGGAAGCCUGAACCUGGGCUAACUGGAAGCUGACACAGAGUAAUUCAGCACGCCUGCAAGGAAGAGGGCGUACAGCAACAUUUUCUUUGCCUUCUGUGCUGGAGGAUCAUCAUAAUUGCAGAGAUAUACUUGCUGCUUCUCUGCCUUUUUGAAAUAAACUCCAGAGAUAAAGCUGUCAGAAGCUUCUGCCUUCCAUUACACACUGAGCUUGGUAUUUCCAAGUAUUCCUGAGGAAUGGGAGACACACUGUGGGCUUUCUUUGCCAAAAGGGUAAAUACUUUAUCUUCCAUUCAAAUCCUUAUAAAGGCAGAGAUAGAACCCUGUUGACAGGCCUCUAGUUGGCGUAUUUCCAUGUGGACUGAUUUAAAUUCUCUUUAUCCUUGUUAAGAUUUUUUCACGCACAAAUAUAUCUUUGUGCAAAGAAAGGCAAAGAGCAAAUCCUGCUCUGCAAGUCAUUUGUGUGAGGUAGAAGGGAGGAUUUCAUGAUAAGAUUGAAUUGAUUUGGUUAUGCUGGCUUUCCAGAAGGGAAUGAUUCAUUUGUGUGUUUUUCUUGUCCUACUGUUCAUUCUGUUAACAGAGUUAAAAAUUAAAUCUCCUGGUUUUGACCUAGGAAAAGGUCUAUGCACAACGAUGUUGGAGUCACAAUAACUUCUUCCCUGGAGUCACAGUGUAAUUGGGGUGCAGGAUCCCUGGAGCAAGCCUGGGAGAGAAGCUUGUUUAGUUUUAUUUAAAGCAACAAAAAAUAAGGAAUGGUAAAUUUGCCACUGAUGGCUGGUUUCCUAUUGCUGCUGUUCAUGUGCAUGCAUACAGCUGCUUAUCUUUGUGUAUUCCAGAGGCUCUGUAUGGUUGUUAACGACGGGUCAUUCCAAAAUACAAUCAACAGCAUGAAGCAGAUGCCCUAAUAGACUCCACCGGCAGAACCUAAAAAGUCAGCUUUCCUUCCCUCCAAUUGCAGAUCUCAAAUGCCUCUUAAAGAUUCUGCAGAUCUAUGGGUGAUUUUCCACUAGAUACUCAAGUCCUGUAGGUGUUUCUUUGUUUAAGGCUUUCUGCACCCUUUGAUGAGGACUGCUUUAAUAUUAACUUGGAAUCUUGGAGUCACUCUUCCAAAUACCAAUAAAAGUUUAGGUGAAAAUGCAAAGUUGUAAAGAAUGCAAACAGAGUAUUGACUCUACUGUCCAGAAUAGAUCAACUAUAAUCAUUUGUUACUUUGUUAUCUAUGUAAUGAAUAUCAGAAAUAACUUGCUAGUCUACACAUACUAAGAUCAAAUUUAGAGAGAGCCUCCCUUCCACCUGUUUGGUGGUCUGGUGCAGCCAGGCUUGCUCUUGUCAGUCAGGUUUGUAGUGGGUCCCUGCAAAGUGUUGUUAGCACACUGGCCCUUUGGUUCUUCCAAUGCUCUCAGUCAGAUAUGACUACUUUUACUCUGGUUAAAUUGCCUUUAUGUAGUUCAAAAGAUGAAUUUUUGGAAACCCCCUCCAUGAUUUCUGGGCUAUCUCACUUUGAAAAUGCCAGUGCUUCUUUUGCAAGUCAGAUGCUACCAUCUGGUCUGCCCUAUAAAUGGCUUUUUGUGGUUAAUGGGGGCUCUCCCUCCCCAUCACUGCGUGGUUAAGCUGAUGCAAGGACAAUUGCUGUAAUUAUGAUCUCUGCUCUUUUCGUGAGUAUGUGACUGCCAUGUUCCUUUGAAAAUCCAACUGCAGGCAGUUGUGGCUCUUUUGAAUUCAACAGAAGCUGCUUACUUUAAGAAAGAUGUGGUCUGUGCAAGGCUCUGUAGCCUCCAGCGGUUGAUAAAUCUGUUGUACAAGGGAAGGGCACCUUGCUGGCAGGCAUAGUCUCAGUGAAAUCCUCUUUAUCUCAUACACACAUCAGAGGUUCUGAGGGUUUUGGUUUGUUUUGUUGCUUUGUGUGUUUUCUUUCCUUUUUUUUUUUAAUUAAAAACAAAACAAAAAACAACAAAAAAAAAAACCCUUGGGAAGCUGUUUGCUUGUUCUUUCUUGGCAAGGAAGACAGAAACCCUCAAGCAGCAGUAUUUGUUUGUCCUUUGCCAAGUAGGACACAGAUUAGGUCCUUAAGCAGGACCCUCCCUUGCCAUGUCCUUUAGCCUCACUUGCCUGAGCCAGGGCAGCCUCCUGGUGGGAGGGCUUAGCUGUGUUGGCCAUGUCAACCCUGCGCUUAUGUGAUGAACUCCACAGAACUGUGUGCUACCAGUUUGUGUAGUUGGUGCUUUCCUUCUUUCUUCUGAGGUUAACAUCCAAAAAUAUGCUGAAGUCUGCAUGAAGGGUUGUUGUGCAGUGGUUAUUGACAUGUGAAAAUGGAGGGAUAAAGAUGACUAGUGAGAGAGAAGUUUUUCACAAGCUGGAUGCUAAGUUGCAUAGAGCUGGUACUUCUAGAUGGGGAUAGACCUUUCGGAAGCAGAAAUGUGAAGCCAACCAUGGCGCGGAGACUUUGUCUUGCUUGAAGUUGUCUGACUUUCAGGAUCUGGACAUUCAUCUAAUUGGCCUUACACUGACUGUACAAAUGUGUAAUUUUCUGCCUGCUUUGCUGAAGUAAGAUAACUGCACUAGAAGCCAUGGUGAGCCUUAAAAUGAAUCUUGGAUUGAAGGAAAUUGCUGGUGAAUGGGUGCACUGCCCCAGAUCCAGCUUUACUUAGAAGUGUUCGAGGUACAAGCCAGGGCAGCCUGACGUAGGAGGCUGUACUGGAACCUCCAAGCAGGUUAGCCUGCCCGCUUACCUCAGAGAAAUCUUAUUGCCUAGGUGAACAGAAAGUUGCAAGCUCCACUUUUUUUGCGCUGUCUGCAGGAUUUCAUCACCACUCAGUCCUCUCCCACUUUCCGAUCAGAUAAAGCUGACCAAGGGACUCCACUAAUCUUGGGAAGCGUUCAGUGACAGAGAUCCUGGGUGGUGCUGCCAUGUAGGAACAGCCUGGAGCCACCUCUGCGAUAAUGUAAGGAAGAGAAUUUCCUUGCAUGGCCUGGGGCAGGGAGCUCCUCUGCCCACAGCUCCCAGGGUGCAGCUCCUUCGCUGCCUUCCAGACUCAGUGCACGCUGGCUUAUUUGUUCCAAGGGCUUCAUGUAAUUAACUGGCACCCAAGUGCUUUGCUCCUAAAGCUGGCACAGGCCUGCUGAACUCUGCUGAGAUCUUCUCUGAGCAGGAUUUCAUCAUGCUUGGUGUGCCCCAGAACAUGAUGCCUUUUUUGAGCUUCCAGUAGUUUGAGCUUUUUUGGGACAUGCCAUCUCCUCGCUCUCUUUAGCUAUCCCUACAUGUCUGACUCCCUUCCUUCACCAUGGUAGCCUCAUGCAUUCAUCAUUUGUUUGUGCCCUUUUCUAAGCACCUGUUGCACCCUGCCCUGCUUGCCUUGCCUCUUGUAGGCAGAUCUCUCAGAUACUCAGCCAGUUCUUUGUUUUGCUGUUCACAUCACACCAUGAUGUGGUCCUGCAGACACUUCUUGCUAAUAGGCAUAAUAGGUAGAUGCCUGCCUGGGCCAUUUUCCUCCAGCACUCCCUAUCUUGCGUUUUCCAGGGUGUGGGGAGAUGCAAACUGUCUCAGCAGUUCCUGAAUUGUUCUUCCUCUCUUGAUGGCAACGUAGGAGACGCCUCUGUGCUUUGAAGGCUCUUGCCAGAGGAGUUUACUUACAGCCCCAUGCAGGUUCCCUCAUUGCACAACUGCAAGCAUAUCUCAUCUAGUCAUGAUGGACUGAGAUCUGUGUUUAUGGAUGCUGUAGAGUUUAGAAGAUAUAAAACAAUAAAGUCAAUGAAACAAGGCAGAAAUUAUAUUGCCUGGGCCCACCCGACCAAUCUCCUCAUGCUUGACAGUGUGAAACUGCUUGUUAGAAAGAGGUCAUUCAUUUAUUGUCAGCAACUUGUCUUAAUCUGUUUGGUGAGUAAGGAAAGGGAUGGUUAAAUAGAGGGCAAGCCUAUCAAAAUUUUCUGCUGCAUUGAAAGAGCAAGAUACAUCCUAAACAGUAGAACUCAACUGAUUCAUUUAUCUCUACUUAAUAAAUACAAAUGACUAGAUAGGAAAGUCAGAUUUCAACUGGCCAGCGGAAGUUUUAACCACAUGUACAGCUAGAUUAACCACUACUGAGAUUCGGGAUCAACUGUUAUGUAAGUCCAAACAUUUUUUUUAAUUGGAAAUGGAAUAGCAACAGAUGCUGUUUGCUAAAGAAAGCCGACUGUCAUGUAACACAUCCAGAAUGUGUGUUUUGUUUGGCAGAAUCACACGUGGAUUGUCACUUUCCUUUGCCUUUACCUCUAGGGAAAAACAUGCUGCUAAUCAGACAGGUGAAUCAUUAUGAGUUGGAUUUAUUUCUUACUUGGGUUGUCACAUAAGAACAAAGCCUAACAUAACGCAGCUCCAGUUCAGCACAGCUUCAGAUCCACUGAGUGAUUUCAGUUCUGGCUGAAGGAAAGCAACCAUGAGAUGGCUUGUCAGGUUGUGGCUGGCUCCUUAGAGCAGGAUAGACUGUAGGCUGUGAAAGGCUAGUGUGCUAAGUCAUAGGGCUAGUGGUGAUUCAUCAGCUGCCUCACUGCAGAAUACCACUGAGACGCUAAUUCCUGUAGUGUAAGAUCUCAUGGUAACUGCUGCCUUUACGUGCAUUGUGGCCCUGUAACCUUAGCCUAUUCCACGCAUGAUGCCAUACGCCACAUGCCAAACAGGUCAGAGCCAAAAUGUGUGGUGAUUCCUUUUGCCUUUUAAAAAUGUAAACAUGAAGGUGAUGAUUUUUCCGUAUGGUUAAAUAAGCCACCCAGCAGGUGCCAUAGGCCUGGUACUGCUUACUCUGAAAACAUAGUGGUGAUUCCUGGUGCUCAACAGCAGCUAGGUGUUACCUUGGGGUGAGAUCCUGUAUGUGGCCAUGGCUUCCUGGAGAAGCGCUUCAAAGCCUUUCCACAGGACAGCUGUUCCCUUGCCAGUAGACUUUUUAUUACUACAAACAAAUGUCUGUUGGAGUGGUUUGUUAAUAAUAAGCAAGGAAAGGAUUAUCAGGCAAUGCAGUGACUGUGAAAGAGGAGCAGAACCUGCUGCAGGAAGGUCAUAGCUCCAUUUGCCCUAUCACACACACACCAAGAGCAGUCCCUCAUCUCUCUAAUGUUUUGUUGGAUUGCUCCUAUCAUUAGCUGAAGCUGUGUUUGCAUUUCUAAGAAGGUUAAUUGGCAACUACACCUUCAAUAAAUUAAACCUUUCCCUGGAGUAUGACUGUCACUACGGGGGAUGUCACUUUGUUUAUCAAACAGAGCAGUCCAGGGCUGCUGAGUCUGGAAAGAAGCAGGAAGCAGGGAGUCCAGAGAGUGAGUUUAGUUGUUCCUUAGUUGAGGUUAUCGGUCCAAAUUGGACCAAAACAAAAUCCAUCUGGCAUGUACUAUCUUUCUCCAUACUGCAUGCCAGAAGCCUUGCAAACCUGUCUCCUCUCUGCUAAGUCCCCUCUAUUUGACUACUAAUAAUGACAGGAUAUUUUUGUUCUUCCUCCUAGCUUCAGGGUGCUCCUGGGCUGUCAGGAAGUUUGGAGGAAAAGUAAUUAAGGCCAAAGAAAUGGCAGCCUGCCUUAUCUCCCUGGUUUGGAUAUCCUUUCCCCCUUCCAGUCCUGGGCCCAGCACCAGACUGGAUGUUCCCGGAGUGGGGAGGUUUCUAUGUGACGUUCACCAGCAUCGUGUUGUUUUCUAACUCAUCACUGCUUAUUGUUUGGGUAUGUCUGUGUAAAUGUGGCAUGUUUGCAAUGUCUUUCAUGACCACCAAGGACAGGAAGGCGAACACACCGGUGUGAUAGCAGACAGCACCAGUUUUAUCUGGAAUGCAGGCUUUAGGUGAAGCAGAAACCAUCCCAGCAGCAGGAGGUCCCACCAUCUAGUCUGAAUCACCAGUGGAAAUUUCCUUUUGAAGUUUCAAAAGAAGGUUGGAUUUUUGGUGUGAUGAAGAGUGCACGUACUCCUUGCUGUAUGAGCUGCUCCUUGCAUUAGGCUGCAUAUGCUAGGAGGUGGUUUUCCUUUGUAUUUAUUGGAAAAUAUAAAACACUGAGUGAGAAUUCUAUGCACAGAUUGCAGCACCCUCCAGUCAGCUCUCCCCUUGAGAUCUCCACUCUUUAUUAUGAUAGAAUUAAAGAGAGAAUAAUGAAAUGGAUUAGAUUAGGACCUCAGCUCCACUUCUCAAGUACUUAAUCUCUCUGGCGAGGAUUCAAAUAUAUGGCCUAAGUGCUCCAUCUUUACAAAGGGCAGCUACUGCAUUAAGCAGCAUUUAUAGAGUGCAGAUCAAGAAGAGCUCCUGCCCCAGAGGAGCAUAUACUGAGCUUCCUGCAGUGAAUUUUUAGGGCAAAGCACUUUCUGUGAUGUUGCUGCUUGCAACUAUCCUCUCUCUCCUAGCCUGCAUGGCUCCUGCUUUAACCACCCCCUUCACCUUACAAAUCCCAUACUGUAUCUAUUUUUAAUACCUGUUGCAGUGGUAGAGGCAGUAGAACCACAGGUGUGCAGGGCUGGGUGCGGCUGCUGCUACUUGUGCAUGCCUGCGUGCAGGAAUGUGUGUCUGUGCACAGCGGUGUGCCCAGCGAGAUCAGCUGCAGUGAGAGGCAGCAUUUCACAGGAGCAAGCAGCUGGGGCUGGAAUGCUAUCACAGGCACACCCAUUUAAACUUCUGCCUCAGUUAAACAGAUACAAUGGGGUACUGUUUCCCCAUGCUUUUUCUCCCAAGUACAACUACUUGAAUAUGUAUCAUGAUGUCAUCGAUUUUAACGCUGCUUAACCGGCAAAUGGAGAGGCAUGCAUAAAGUAAACAUCGCUAUGGCCCCUGGGGAGCUUAAUGUCAGUCAACGGUCAUACCAGAGGAUUGGAGGUACAUAAAGCAUCAGUUGUCAUCAGCAGGUAGGACUGGAGGAAACAAGAAGAAAAAUCUUCACAUCAGUGCAACUGAUUUCUCCUGGCAAACGUUGUGCUGGGAGAUUCAUUCAAGAAUGUGUUAUGAAGUGAGGAGUAAAACGAUGAGCUGUAGUCCCAAACCUCCAGCAAGGCAGUAUCUGAGGCACUUUGGGGCUUGUAUUGUCCUGGAGGUCAGAAAAGCUGCCCAUUGGCCUCACAGUAUAACAUAAAGACUGAACUAUCCAGAAGGGAAACUCCAUCUCCAAGGCUGAUACCAAAGCUGUGUGUGUUAUCAAAUACAUUAGUUACACCUUCAUGGAGCCUGCUUGAUUUUCCCAUUGACUUUCACAGGUGGCUUUUCAGUAGCUUUGCAAGAGGUGAUGUUGGGACUGGUGACAUCCAGCCAUCACAAUCUGCCUGUCACGGGGACCUCUUCCAUACUGCAAGAAAAUCUGCAGGAGCGAUAGCCUAUGAACCAAUUGUCCUCAAUUUUACCUUUCAUUUGUUCCUUAUAUUUUUUCUUUGCUGUAACUCAUUUCCUUCAUGAAGAAUCACGUCAUCAAUUACUGACUAGCUUUGGCUGGAUAGCUCACAGACAGAAACUGCUGACUGAUCCCAUGGUUCUGCAGCCAAUAGCAGAUUUGUGCACAGCCAUAUCACCCAACAGGAUGUGCCUGAUUAAGAGUAAGCGUGUAAAUGUAGUGGUAUUUCUGAUAAUUUAGCCAGGAAAGGUGACAAGUUUAUGCCAGGUAUUGGGAUUUUUUUUGCUGGCUGUUGUGGAGGUACAGAUCAGUACCAGCACACUGAUAGAAAAAUAAAACCUAUCAGCAGGUUUUGUUUUGUUUGUUUGUUUUAUGAAGUCUGAAGUGGAAGGAAAAAUUGGUGUUGGAUCUCAGCUUUGUUUUAUGUCAUUGUGGUGGCGUUUGAUAAGGUAGCUGGAGCUUCAAAGCAGAAUUUUCUGUAUCACUGAGCAAAGAGAUUUAGUGUGCAACCUGAUUCCCAGGAAUGCUUCUUGCACAGAAACAACCCUCUAUAGAGCCUCUUAACCAAGCCACUGCCUCUGAUUCCAAGCAGAAGAGCUGUCUUGGAAAACAUGUCGCCAACAGCACCCAUGCAAUGGCAGAUCUAACCAUCUCCCAGUGUGCACUGGCCAGAAUAUUUUAACAAAUCCUCUUGCCCUUUUCUUGUACAAAUCUCUUAUCUUCUCAGAAAAUAAACCCCUUUAUACCAGGAAUCCAGGCAUUUAGAAGCCAGGAAUAGAAAGAGAUUGACCAAACCCAGCUCAUUUAUAGAAGGAAGUUUCUGAGAAGGAAGCACCAACCGGCACUCUCUGCCAAAGCAGCACAUCACUGUUAUGUAUUUGAAACACUUAUUUUCUUACUGGAACUCAAAAUGGGGGAGCAAUACAUGCAGUUUGGAAGAGAUGAUGGCUGCAAGUAAGUAACAGCUCUGAAGAACGCUGCCAUGAGUUUUUUUCCUUUUUCCUUUUUCCUUUUUUCUUUUUCUUUGAAAUCAUUCCUUUCUUGGUGUCAAGUGUUUCAGGUCCAAAGGAAAAUCAUUCAGUGUUUAGAUGGGGUUUUUGGUAAGCCUUGAAUACUUGCUUUCAGAACCAGAACACGGGGAGUUCAUGGUUGGGAACUCCAGCACAAAGUCCAAUUUGUGAGGAGGUGGCACCCAGAAAUGCCAAAUGCUGCCUUUGUCUUUGCUCUGGCUAAAGAGGGGGUGCUCUGAGCUGACCACUUGGUCUAUCACCUCUGGGCCAUUUCCCUGCCCCAUGACUAUUUCCAAGGGUGUUGUACUGUUUAUUUCUUAUUUGAUUUAAAGACGGAGGAAAUGGAAGGGGUAGGACAGGGUGGAGGCUAUUGCACUGUUAGCACAGCGUGAAGGAGAUUGUGCUGGAGGUGAGAUUUUUCAAGGAGAGAGUUUGUUGUGUUGUCAGUGUACUGAACAGGUAGCUAAGCAGAAGGAGUGACAGUAUUCACAGUGUAGCCAAUAUCACUGACCAAAAAUAAACACAUUGUUUGAACAUAUCACAGAACACCAUGCACUGUCACUCCCUAGGCAUCUAAUUGCUUUAUUACUUGGUUUAAUGAAAGUUACAAACUCACUCUCCAAAACUCCCAGACAUUCUCUGUCCCCUGGACCCAGCUGAGGUGAGAAAGGCCACAGUGCUCUGCCCUGUGCGGGUGGCUCCAUGCUGCAGCUGGUGAAACCUGGCUGGCCCCAGGCUGCAGGGUGCUGUGGGCAGCACCAGACAUUGGCAACCCAGGAUCAGGCAAUGCCAGUAGUGAGAAAAGCGAAAGGAGUGGAGCCAACACAGAGGGAGAGCCCGGCUGCUACUUCUCUCAUUCACCAGCAGCCAGCUUAUCUGUUCAGGGACAUGAUAUGGCUAAAGGAAGUUAAUUUGCUACUGUAUCAUAGAAUCAUAGAAUCAUAAAGGUUGAAAAAGACUGCUAGGAUCAUCUAGUCUAAUCGGCUGCUCAUCAGCACCAUGUCCCACAGUGCCAGGGAGGUGGUGGAAUCACCAUCUCUGGAGGUGUUCCAGAGCCUUGUGGAUGUGGCACUGAGGAACAUGAUUAGUGGGCAUGCUGGGGAUGGCUGACAAUUGGACUAGAUGAUCCUAGCAGUCUUUUUCAACCUUUAUGAUUCUGUGAUACUGUGAUCCUAUAUGCCAACCCCAUGCUGGUAAUUGUUACUCUGCAACACCUUUUCAUAUUUGUCAGUGCUGAUACAUCAGAACAAAGUCCGUCUGGUAAGUAUCCUCAUCCCCAUCCACAUAAACUGGAUAUCUUAUCCUCAUCCCCAUCCACAUAAACUGGAUAUCUUAGCUCUGAAAUAGCCAGUGGAACCUCAGAACUCCAUUGAAACACUUAGUAAGGUGAUUUGAGAUGCAUGAGUAUAUCCAAAACAUCUGCACAAGGUUGCCAGGUAUUUCCGAAUCACAAAAUCAUCUAGAUUGGAAAAGACCUUCAAGGUAUGAUACAGAAGGUAUGGAAAACCCAUGAGCAGCUGAUAGGAGCCAGGCAGGGUAUCCUGUGGCAUCUCAAAUGAGAACUUAGAUACCCAGCUCACAACUAGUGGAUGUAGACCAGAGCUGCUUCUCUACUGCCCUCACACUACAUGAGGGCCAUGAACACCACUUCUCAUGCUAUCAGGAGCCAGCAGCACUUGGACUCCUGGGUCACUGAGGAUGGCUUUUACAAGUGCAGCCCCAUGCAUUAGUAUCUUGAAAGCACAGGCUGUGUUUAAUGACUGACUCACAAGGAUUUCUCAAGUGUUCUGGAAAAUGUCAGUGUUAAUCUUCUUAUCUUUUCUUCAUUUUUCCCCACAGACCUGAUGUAAUUUGACACACUGAUUUUAUGGGGUUUUGUGUAUCUGUGUAAACACAAGGAAAGUAGC